CACAGGCCGACCGGCGAGGGGAACAAACCAGAGCGGACUUUUGGAGCAACUGGUGGUGGAGAACUCACUGUUUCCCGUUUUGCUUGCCUCUCGAAGGGGGGGGGGACGAGUGCGGCCCGGAGAGGGGAGGAACGUGUUGGGGAGCAUCAAGCCUCCAAGGUGGUUACAGUGAUCCUCUGCGCCCAGGAUCCGGAACCAUGGAGCCCUCCGUGUCGACCGAGGUGGAGCCCAAAGAACGGAGGAAGAUCCAGUUCGCCGUCCCGGCCUCGGCACCCACCAACCUGGACCCCCGGCAAGUGGAGAUGAUACGUCGCAGGAGGCCGACGCCCGCCACACUUUUCAGAGUAGCUGACCAGUCGUCACCCGAGGAUGACCAGUCCAGCCAUCAGGUAAAGUGGGUUGUCGGGGAGAACGGAGUCCUCAAACCAAAGCGUGUCAAUCCAAAUGUGUACCAGCCCCCGUCACUCAAAGCUGUGCAGAAGAUGGCCGAGGCGCACAUGCAGAACCUCUGUGUCCACCCUCCUCUGGAGGACCCUUGUGAGGGCGAGGAGGAUGACGACCUCCGCCAGGGGGAGGAGGGCGAGCACCGACCUCCCACCAAAGCUGCUGACCACCAGGAAGUGGCGACCGCUGACCAAUCGGAAGCCGCUACUGCCGCUGCUAAGGAGACGGACCAGCUCAUCCGCGAAUCACAGGCUGAGGAGGGACAAGAGGAGGAAGCGGGCGGGGAAGAAGAGGGUAAAUUCAAGGGGACAACAGAGAAGAAGAACUGAGAGAAAGGAGGCAAAGGCGUGUCAAAUGUGACGAGGGAAUACUGCUUUGGUUAUCAACAAAACAAGGAAACAGGGUAGCACGUUUUUUUAUGAAUAAGCGAGGACAGUUUGUCCAGGAGAGGUCCGAGGUUGUCGCUGAUGAUGAUGAUGAUGAUGAGGAGGCAAGGAAGCAUAGGUACGCGCAUCCUCCCUUGAAGUGGCCGAGGUCACUUUGACCUCACGCGAGAACAACUCCUCCCUUCUGCCUUCAUGCCUCUGCACACAGCAGCUAAAAAACGCUCCGUCACACAAUUAAGAUCCCGCUGCAAACAUCUUAAAAAGCCUUUUCAAUAAAUGACAUGCGUAUAUAUGUAUAUGUACGUGCUGUGAUGUCACACUUUACUGCCAAUGUUGAGUGGAGCCUCUUAAGAUGCUAUAGUCCACGCCGUAUCGCUUGGCCUGUGAUGCAUUCCUUCCCUUUGGAAGACAUUGGAAAUAGAAAACGAUGUGUUCAAGGGUCAAACUGUUACCAAAAUGUAACUUUUUUUUUUGCAAAAGUCCCCUUUUAAUAUUCUUAACUGCCCUUCCAGUGUUAAAAAAGAGAAUUUAAAAUGAAAAGAAACAUUAACAUUAAUUUUUUUGUGUCAUAUUCAUUUUCAUGAAAAUUGUGGUCGAAGUUUGAAUCACACAACAUCAAAUGUGUUUGACUUUAGAGGUUCCAUUGUACUUUAUUUUAAACGGGGUCCUUUUCCCGGGCUUUGUGUGCAUCUGCCGCCAUCUUGUGGCUGGGAGGCAUCACGACAAUUUAUCAGCUUUUUAAAUCGUUUUGUCUAAUCUAUAAGUGGGGUAUUUUUAAAUCCGAGACUUGGGUGAAAGAGAAACCCCAGAAAAACCAAUAAAAGUUUUAAUUGUGUAAAACGAACAAGCAUAGCGUGUAUUGUAGUGAAGAAGUCUCUGCGUUUGGAUACAAAUCAUUUAAUUGACCUUGACCUUUUAAAGGGCGAAGCUACCUCUCAUGUCAUCACAGCUUUUUUCGAUUAUCACUUCCUCCUGUCUCGGCACUUUUCUACUGUCAUCUUUUUAACACGGCUCGGCUUCUACGAGACACUUUUUCCUUCUAACACAGCUUUCUUCACCUGAAAAAGCAGCCGUUGCCGUGGUUACCAUGUGACUGACAUCUCACCAAAUUGAAACUUUAUAUUUGGGGAUGAAAAUCUACAGCAUUUCUAAGCUUGUCCUGUCAUCCAGGAGCUGACGGUUGUAAAUCUUUCUAUUAUAUUAAAAAAAAAUGAAUCUGAGUGAGCAGCUUGUGUGUUUUAGAUUUUAUUGGACGUCUCCUCCCCCCUUCCCUCUGUGUCCAAGGGAUGUAUGAACUUAUCAAUCAUUAUUAUUUUUAUUGUCUGUUGACUUGUUUUUCAAUGUGACUGUUGGUGGUUGUUUUAAAGUGACCUACUGAACAAUGUCAAAAUAAAACACUUCUCCCCUUUGA